AUGUCCGAUUACAAGAGAAGAAAAAUCGAUGAAAGCGGUGGUGGUGGUGGAAGCUUGAUUGCGGCAAAUAGAGCAGCUAAGGAACAACAACAACAACAAGAAAAAAUCCUUCAAUACCUUCAGAGAACUACUGCUCAAGAUGGAUUAAAUGCGGCGGAUAAUGAUGAUGUUGUCAUGGAACCUGAGGUUUAUGAUUUAAAUUGGUUAGAGAAUUUAUCAAAGGAAUUAAAGACAACCGUUCAACAGAAUUCUGAUGUUAGAAUCAAGUAUUCAAAUGAUCCAUUGAAAUUUUUGGACUCUGAAACUAAAUUGAAUGAAAUUGUCAAACAAAUAUCAAAUAUCACUUUAGCUGAACUCCCCUUAUACAAUGAUUUUAUAAGACUAAGUGGUGAAUCCUUAUCACAAAUCAUCACACACCCUAAUGGUGAUAUAAUUAACCAAUUUAUAAUAGUGUUCAAUGAUUUAAUUGAUCAUGAAUAUGAACAAGAUCAAUCAAUAUUAUUACAAUUUAUCAAGACACAAAACAUCGUGAAUUUCUUGCUGGAAUACUUGAAAAUUCUUAUAGAUCAAGAUGAUGAAGAUUCAAAAGAUGUACAAAUUACAAUAUUAACUAUUUUCAAUGAAUUGACCAACUAUGAAGAUGACGAACUUCGGAAACAAUUGAUUGAAUUUGAUCAACUUACUCAAUUUUUCAAUGAUUCAGUACGUCAAAUAUCUACAGUUGAAGGGAUUUCUUAUUAUGAUGAACUUGUUACUGAUUAUUUAUUCAAAAUUGUUGAUUGGGAUAAACUACGGUUUGUUGCUAAACACGAUUCUGCUAUUGAAAUUUUCCUAAUACAAUUAUCACAUUUUACCGAGAUUCAACCUGAAGAAGGAUCCACUCAAGAAAAUUUCGUUGAAUCCAUCAUCUCUAUAUUAUCUAUGGUUUUAACUUCAAAAGAUGGUCGUUCAAAAUUUCUUCAACUUGAAGGUUUUGAACUAUUGUUGAUUUUGAUAAAGAAUGGAGAUUGGGGAUUCAAAACAUUUGUUAAACUAUCCAAUUAUUUGAUUGAAUCUAUUAAUGAUACUAAUAACGUUGAGUUAUCAGUAUCCAUAAUUGAAUCUAACUUCUUUUUAAAUAAUGUUUUCAAAAUUUUAAAGCAAAAUCAUAAAGAUCGUGAUGAAAUUUAUCAAAUAUUGAAAAUUUUGGUUAAAUUGAUAAUUUUCUUACCGUUCAACUCUGAUCAAAGAAUAAGGUUGAUCAAUAAGUUGGUUAAUAAGAACUUCAAGAGUUUAAAUGUCUUGUUGAAAAUUGAAUCAAAGUAUGAUCAAAAUGUUUCAAAAUUAGAUGUCAAUUCAGAACAAACAUAUUCCUUUGAUGACCAAUAUUUAGAAAAGAUUGAAAAUGGGCUAGAUAUUUUACAACAGAUUAGUAUAUUCAAGUCAUGGUUGUUGAUAGAGGAUGAGAAAUUGAAGAAUGAUAUGAUUCAUAUGAAGCAUUUCAAUUUGGAGAAGUUGAAGAAUAUACUGAAUGGUUAUAAAGAUGAAUUAAAAUUCAAUAUUGAAAACACUGAGGAUGAUGUUACCAAAAAUGAGUUCUUUGAGUAUAUUAAUAUGAUUAAUGAGUUGCUAGCUAAUCUAUAUACGUGA